UGCGCCUCCCCCGCUCAGGGCUGCAGCGGCGCAGGCGCCGGGGCCGAGCCGAGCGCCGAGCUGGGAGCGAGCAGCCGCGCUCCGGGCCAGGGUCCCGGGGGAGCAGAUCCUCCUCAGAAUGGCCCUUGGUGCUGCAGGCACGGUAGGCUCUGGGCCCGGGCACCGAGGGGGCACUGGAUGACUCCCCCACUGCAGGACCCAGCCACCUAUGACUCCAGGCCUUCAGCACCCACCCGCCGUGGUACAGCGCCCCGGGAUGCCGUCUGGAGCCCGGAUGCCCCACCAGGGGGCGCCCAUGGGACCCCCGGGCUCCCCGUACAUGGGCAGCCCCGCCGUGCGACCCGGCCUGGCCCCCGCGGGCAUGGAGCCCGCCCGCAAGCGAGCAGCGCCCCCGCCCGGCCAGAGCCAGGCCCAGAGCCAGGGCCAGCCGGUGCCCACCGCCCCCGCGCGGAGCCGCAGUGCCAAGAGGAGGAAGAUGGCUGACAAAAUCCUCCCUCAAAGGAUCCGGGAGCUGGUCCCAGAGUCCCAGGCUUACAUGGACCUCCUGGCCUUUGAGAGGAAACUGGAUCAAACCAUCAUGCGGAAGCGGGUGGACAUCCAGGAGGCUCUGAAGAGGCCAAUGAAGCAAAAGCGGAAGCUGCGUCUUUAUAUCUCCAACACUUUUAACCCUGCGAAGCCCGAUGCUGAGGAUUCUGACGGCAGCAUUGCCUCCUGGGAGCUGCGGGUGGAGGGGAAGCUCCUGGAUGACCCCAGCAAGCAGAAGCGGAAGUUUUCUUCCUUCUUCAAGAGUUUGGUCAUUGAGCUGGACAAAGACCUUUACGGCCCUGACAACCACCUAGUGGAGUGGCACCGGACGCCCACCACGCAGGAGACGGAUGGGUUCCAGGUGAAGAGGCCGGGGGACCUGAGUGUGCGCUGCACCCUGCUCCUCAUGCUGGACUACCAGCCUCCCCAGUUCAAACUGGAUCCCCGCCUGGCCCGCCUGCUGGGGUUGCACACACAGAGCCGCUCAGCCAUCGUCCAGGCCCUGUGGCAGUACGUGAAGACCAACAGGCUGCAGGACUCGCACGACAAGGAAUACAUCAACGGGGACAAGUAUUUCCAGCAGAUUUUUGAUUGUCCCCGGCUGAAGUUUUCGGAGAUUCCCCAGCGCCUCACAGCUCUGCUAUUACCCCCCGACCCCAUUGUCAUCAACCACGUCAUCAGCGUGGACCCGUCGGACCAGAAGAAGACGGCGUGCUAUGACAUUGACGUGGAGGUCGAGGAGCCGCUGAAAGGGCAGAUGAGCAGCUUCCUCCUGUCCACGGCCAACCAGCAGGAGAUCAGCGCCCUGGACAGUAAGAUCCACGAGACGAUUGAGUCCAUAAACCAGCUCAAGAUCCAGAGGGACUUCAUGCUAAGCUUCUCCAGAGACCCCAAAGGCUACAUCCAAGACCUCCUCCGCUCCCAGAGCCGGGACCUCAAGGUGAUGACAGAUGUAGCAGGCAACCCUGAGGAGGAGCGCCGGGCUGAGUUCUACCACCAGCCCUGGUCCCAGGAAGCCGUCAGCCGCUACUUCUAUUGCAAGAUCCAGCAGCGCCGGCAGGAGCUGGAGCAGUCCCUGGUUGUGCGCAACACCUAGGAGCCCUGCGCGCCAUCACCGCCGGGGCACCGAGCACCGCCGGGGCCUCAGGCCCUGCCCUGCGCCCUACGAUGCCUCACGGGUGAGGCAGGGGCUGGAUUAAAGGUGUUCACCUGAUAA